AGAGGGUGCUGCGCCCUGUCAGCCUUCCUUUGUGUUGGUUAGGGCCAUUUUUCUCCCCGUCUUUAUUUCCCGGCAAGAUUCUUGCUUUCUCUCGAUCUGCCUCGUUUCAUUCUCUCGCAGCUGCAUCUCUUUGUCUUUGUUCCUAACCUGCCAGGAACCAAACGCACUGCCAUAUCGCUGGAUCUGAGUCUCCCAAUUAUCUGGAGCUUUGGAUGCGCAAGUUGAAGCCAUCACAAUCACAAUUCGCCUUGACUCCCACGGAUUGCAUCUUCUAGCGAUCCUAGGCUUGAUUAAUUGAGCAGAGGAGUGCGCCUUUUAUUGUACCCAUAUUCAGGGCAUUUAUGGGGUCAGCACCAAACUGCAACAUCUAGGUGGAGUUGAAGGCACACCCCAUAUCUGGGACUAAAUGCCUUUCGGAAUGGGAGAAGAUGGCUACGGGCCCGGCGACGGUACAGGUCAACAAACAACAGAGGAAUACUGGGAUUCCAGAACGACAUUGGCGGCGUGGUAUGACUCUCUUACAACAGAGUAUGCGGAUGAGACGACCACGGCCAUGCCGACGGCCACGGACAUGCAAACGACUACAAAACACACAAGACCAGACCAUGGUACAAUGAUGACUAUCACAACGCAGCAAUGGACCACCAUUCCCUCAAUUGACGCAACGACAGGCUCUAUCUCACAAACCACCACCACCACCACCACCACCAGCGAGGCCACAACACAAGCGACAACGAUGUCCUCGAGCACAUCGUCUGCCUCUUCCAACAGUGCAGGUGACGGUGGUAGCAGUAGCGGCAGUAACACCACAGCCAUUGCCAUUGCCGUUCCGGUUGCCGUCGUCGGCGUAGCAAUCAUUGCAGGACUGCUAUUCUUCCUCAUGAGACGGCGUCGUCAGCGAAGUCGCAUUCCCCCGCCCGAUCCCCAAGACAACAUGAGGACGGUCCCUCGACAAGCUGGACCGCAGAACGGAUCCACCUGGGAAUUCGGACCCGCCAGUUCCCACGACGUUCCUUUCUCCGGGCCCAUCCCUGGUCGACCUGUUACACACCACAGCCAAAGUUCCGUGGAUUCAACGCGCCACAUUGACGCGAGUUCCAGCAGCCAGAACCUCACCACCGCAGCCCAAAGCGCACCCGAUGAAGAACCCGCAAUGCAAGAUUACUCGGAGCGCCACGAGGCAAGAAUCUCUAUGCCUGUCAUCAGUCAAAGUAUCCCGGUAUGGCAGGAGCCCCGACACGACCGGCCGACGUCGCCCUUCGACCACCCGCUCGAUGACUCCAUAUCCGAAAUCUCGCAUAUGAGUGAUCCCCGACAAUCUGCUGCGCAUCACAGAGAUCUCGACGAUAUAUCGUCUGUAUCGUCGUUCGAGGAUGACGAACGCCGUCCAGCUAUAAGUCCAUAAUGGGUUAGGGGUUUGGAAUUCAUGAUGUCACGUUUCUUAGCAGGCGUUGUUGUUAUUUUUCAACCAUGGAGUAUACCAGUUGCUCAUGUGAGGAGCAUCACAUGAGUGUUCUAUAUUUCUCGGCAUCAUAUCAGAGUGAUGAUUUGUAAGGGGUAUUUAGUGCAUAAUGAAAUUCAGCUCGUUUUCAUUGCAUCUAUCAUUGCAUCUAUUGCAC